UGCGCGGGGGCUGUGGCGCGCCGCUCGGCGAAGUCUCGCGAGAGUGAGCGCCGUGGCCGAGGCGCCGGCUUCCUCUGUGUCCCUGAGGGCCCGGCGCCUGCCUUCUGCUUCUGCCCACUGUCGGUGCUCCCCACGCGAGUUCCCCUUGGGCGCACGCCGGGCUCCAGCAGGAUGGGGGACAAUACCAGCCCUAUCAGCGUGAUCCUGGUGAGCUCUGGCAGCAGGGGCAAUAAGCUGCUCUUCAGGUACCCCUUCCAGAGGAGCCAGGAGCACCCGGCGUCCCAGACAAAUAAGCCACGUAGCAGAUACGCUGUCAACAACACAGGAGAACAUGUUGAUGACCAGGAUGGUGACUCCAGGUUCUCUGAUGUUAUUCUGGCAACAAUUUUGGCAACCAAAUCUGAAAUGUGUGGCCAAAAAUUUGAACUGAAGAUUGAUAAUGUCCGGUUUGUUGGGCACCCAACACUGCUGCAGCAUGCUCUGGGGCAGGUCUCCAAAACAGAUCCAUCUCCAAAGCGGGAGGCACCGACUAUGAUUCUUUUUAAUGUGGUGUUUGCACUGAGGGCCAAUGCUGACCCGUCAGUGAUAAACUGUCUACACAACUUGUCCCGGCGCAUCGCUACUGUCCUGCAGCAUGAGGAGCGCCGCUGCCAGUACCUCACUCGAGAAGCCAAGCUGAUCCUCGCACUUCAGGAUGAGCUGUCUGCUCUGGCUGAUGCAAAUGAAGGCCCUCAGUCCCCAUUCCACCACAUCCUACCCAAGUGCAAACUGGCUAGGGACCUCAAAGAAGCUUAUGACAGCCUGUGCACAUCUGGUGUGGUACGGCUUCACAUUAACAGCUGGCUGGAAGUGAGCUUCUGUCUGCCCCACAAGAUCCACUAUGCAGCGUCAAGUCUGAUCCCUCCUGAGGCCAUUGAACGGAGCCUGAAAGCCAUCCGCCCGUACCACGCCUUGCUACUACUCAGUGAUGAGAAGUCGCUGCUGAGUGAGCUUCCCAUUGACUGCUCCCCGGCUCUGGUGCGAGUGAUCAAGACGACAUCUGCUGUGAAGAACCUGCAGCAGCUAGCCCAGGAUGCUGAUCUGGCCUUGCUGCAGGUCUUCCAGCUUGCAGCUCAUCUGGUAUACUGGGGCAAGGCCGUCAUCAUCUACCCACUGUGUGAGAACAACGUCUAUGUCCUGUCUCCCAAUGCCAGUGUGUGUCUGUACUCCCCGCUAGCCGAGCAAUUCUCCCGCCAGUUCCCGUCACAUGACCUGCCAUCUGUCCUGGCCAAGUUUUCCUUGCCCGUUUCUUUAUCGGAGUUCAGGAGCCCUCUGGCCCCCCCUGCACAGGAGACCCAGCUCAUCCAGAUGGUGGUGUGGAUGCUGCAGCGCCGGCUUCUCAUCCAGCUGCAUACCUAUGUUUGCCUAAUGGCCUCACCCAGUGAAGAGGAGCCCCGGCUGCGAGAGGAUGAUGUCCCCUUCACAGCCCGAGUUGGUGGCCGCAGCCUCAGCACACCCAAUGCUCUAAGCUUUGGCUCCCCAACCAGCAGUGACGACAUGACCCUUACCAGCCCCAGUAUGGACAACUCCAGUGCAGAGCUGCUCCCUAGUGGAGACUCACCACUGAACAAGAGGAUGACAGAGAACCUGCUGGCCAGCCUCUCAGAGCAUGAGCGGGCUGCUAUCCUCAAUGUGCCUGCAGCCCAAAACCCUGAGGACCUCCGCAUGUUUGCCAGGCUCCUUCACUACUUCCGUGGCCGCCACCAUCUGGAGGAGAUCAUGUACAACGAGAACACACGGCGCUCCCAGCUGCUCAUGCUCUUUGACAAAUUCCGCAGCGUGCUGGUGGUGACCACCCAUGAGGACCCCGUUAUUGCUGUCUUCCAGGCCCUGCUCACAUGAACCCGGGCAGCAUGCCUGUGUGUGCAUGGGAACAACCUCCUCUGCCGCAGGGUUCCUGACGGGCCUCAGGAGGACAGGCAACCCCAGCCUGGCAGAACUGCUUCCUGUUUCAGCCUCAGUCUGCUCAGAGGCAGCUAUGGGGCACAACCAUUGCUGGGCUUUGUUUUUUCUUGACACAGUCUUCUGUAGCCCAGACCUCAUACUUGCCAUGUAGCUAAGGAUGACCUUGAACUCCUGAUUUUACUGCCUCUGCCCUCCAAGUGCUGUGAUUACAAAUAAGUGCCAUCAAUGUCACUUUAAAAAAAAUAUAUUAUUUAUUUAUUUUUAUUUA